AUUCAAAUCAACAUCUCCCCACUCUUCCUCAUUUUCUCUUCCCCAGUUCGAAGCAGAAGAAGCCCUAAUCCAAGAGUUCCAUCUCCAAUGGCGGAUUCCAACCCAGCUUUGCCAUCCUCAGAUCAGGCCCUUACCACUGAGGAAAGGAAUGAUCCGAAGUUGAUCGGUUUGGAGAUCAAGAUUAGUCCUGAUGAGAAGAAGGAGGAUCUGCAAGAGAUUGGAGCGAAGUUUGCAGAAUUGAAUGAAUCGCAAUCCGAGCUAUUAAGCAGACUUCAAAAGCUUAGAGAUGAUAUGAAAAACUGGAGUAUAACACUUGAUAAACAAGUUGCAACCUACAAAGAUGAGCUUAAAACAAUGAAGGAGUCACUCAAUAGUGAAUUGGAUCAACUAAGAUCAGGAUUCAAGGAACUCAGGACCACCCUUCAGAAGCAACAAGAGGAUGUCAGUGAUAGUCUAAGAAACUUGGGGCAGAUGGAGGAUCCGUCUGAACAUUCUAAAAGGACUGGAACUCAUGAUGCCAAUGAAGCACAAAGUUCACCUGCAGAGAACUCCAAAUAAAUCUCUCCUUAGUUGAUCCUGAAUAAUCCACCAAAAAAAGAAAGCUUUCAUAGUGUUGAAGUGGGUUGAUGUUAGCAAAUGGAAAAUGAGUGCAACUCACUAUCAACAGAGAACCUUAUCAGCACAAGGUACAUUGUUUUCCCUGCUCUGUGUUCAAUUAUGUCAUCUUUAAAACAGACAUAGUUUGAAUUAGCCAGAUGGACUGUUUGUUUUUGUGCAACAAAUGAUUGAUGUUUAUGUAGUUGAGAACUUGUAUAGUAUGCUUUGUGUUUUCCUUAAGUUUUAUUUGUAAUAAGCAAAUGAUAUCUACCAUUUAUAA